CUAAACCGGAUAUUAAUUUUAUCCGCUAACAAUUUUUUUUGAAAGUAAUUAAAAGAUUUUAAAACAAAAAAAAAAGAAACAGAAGGGUAAAGUAAAUAAAAUUAAACCAUCUCAAUUCGGUCCGAUGUCGGAAGAAGAACAAAACCCUAAUCCGAUGAUCUUCUACCUAGUUCCCGAUCUACUGGAAGAAAUCAUCCUUCGAUUGCCGUUGAAAUCCAUCCGCAAAUUCAGAGCCGUCUCCAAAGGAUGGAGAUCAAUCGUGGAAUCGAAGAGUUUCGCGGAGAGGCGUAUGAAUCUUCGAAAGAGCCGCCGGCAAAUCCUUGCUGCUGGAGGAGUAGAACGGACGAGCGAGUCGCGAUUCGAAGGUAAGGGGUGCAAUAUUUUCCCUGCAUUGUGGGCGAUGGGAUUUGGUAGGGACAAAGUCAAUGGGAGCUUUAAAGUUGUGAGGAUGUUCUUUGAUCCUCACCAUUACUGUGAGGUUCUUGAUGUCAAUAUUGGUGAAUGGCGGAGAUCAGUACGUCCCCCUCCUUAUGUGGUCGAUGCCAGAAGGAAGUCGGCCUGUGUGAAUGGCUCAAUUUACUGGUUAGGUUCUGAUCUUUUGAAACUACUAGCUUUGGAUCUUCACACACUAGAGUUUCGUGAUGUUCCUUCAACACGGUAUUCCACUACAUUCAUAUGCGCGGAGCAGCUUGUGAACCUUGAUGGCCGUCUAGCUCUAUCCACAACUGCCACUUCGCCCUGGAGACUAGAGAUAUUGACCAUGGAUGCACAAAAAGAAGAUGGAUGGACCUUGACUUACUCCAUACGCUUAUACUCGUGUUCAAAUCUUUACGCUUGUCCUGCGGAUGUGCAUUUCAGGCCGGUGGCGGUUUCCAAGCAAGGGAAUCUCUUCUUCCAUGACAAUAAAAAGAGAUUGUUGAAAUUCUAUCCAAGCACUAACCUCAUUCGCUGCAUCUCUAAAGACACUUUGGUCAUAUCUCCUUUCAUUGAGAAUUGGCUCCCACUUCUGCCUCCCAAAACAACUUCGCGGAUAUCAAUCGGACCAAAGAUCCCAAUUAUACUGCUCGCUGCACAUGUCUAUUGUAGUUUUCCGCUAUUAUUUUGUCUCCUCUAGGUCUUGAGUUUAGUAUUUAAAAUGCUCUGUUUCUCGCUUACCGCCACAACUCAUAUUAGAUACUAUUGUUUUGGGAUUUUUCCAUGUUAAAAGAAGUUUCUCUUAAGAAAA